AUUAAAAAUAUAAUAUAAUAACAUUAUAUAUAACGAAUAAGUUUACUUACAGUUUCUAAAAGUUAUACUUAGAAGUUGCAUGAUUUUUUUUUAAAUAUAAUAGAAGAGUAAAUGAUUGAGGUUAUGUAACCAAUAUUUUUGGAACAAUUUGGAUCUCUAACUUUAAACCGAGUUCAAAAACUCAUUAUGUCUGAUCCAAGUAAAAACCCCGAUUCAACCAAAGCGGAGAAACCUACAACUGAGACUGAUGGUGAAACACAACCUGAACUAGAAGAAAAAUGGCUUAUAAGAGACUGUGAUUUAUAUGACGCCGAAUAUUCAGAAUGCACAAGUCUCAAAGGAAGGUUUCAUCAAUAUUUCAUAUUUGGCAAGUCUUUGGACUGUAAUCAAUGGAAGAAAGAUUAUGAUAACUGUUGCAAAUGGGUGGAUAAGAAAAAUGUGAAAGCUGGUGAAGCAGUUAUUAAGAGUGAAAAGGCGCGACGUUUUGCAAGAUUCAGAGCUCACUACCAAAAUGAUGUUUGGAAGAAAAGAGACGGACCACCUUCAGACUGGGACAAACCAUUACCUGAAUGGAUGAGAAAAAGGGAUGAAAAUACAUAUCUAGCCCAGAAGGCUAAAGAAAUGAAAGAUGGAACUAUAGUUGAAGAUGAAAGUUUUUGUUGUAUUAUGUAGUCAGUAGUAC